CCUGAAUCAUGUGCGAGAAUCCUACUUUUUCUUGACUGAGCGACCAGUGUUGUAUGUGCUCGUUAUGCGCCAAUCUCUUUUUUGAACACAAGGCGCGGGCGCUUUGAAUAUUUUUUCUGUCGUGCGAUGUAGAGAAACUUUUGUUGAUUGAGUGAAGUCUAUGCACACUUUCCCCUGCGUCAACGACACGAUGGCAAAUAAGAAGCGUUUUUGUUUGGGCCCACCACCGCUGGCUCAGUGACUCUCUUUUCGGAGAUAUUGCAAUUGCAUUUGCAGUCGCCUUUCGGGGCCACAGAUGAAAAAUGCGACUGCUUCUGCAAUAACGAACUUCGAUAUUACAUUAAAAAACACUAACAGGGCAAGAUACCCGGAAGAGCGAUGGGUGAGGGGAAUGCUAAGUGAGACGCACGCAGGGGAACAAAGUAGACCAUGUAGACAACGACGACCGAAAAAGACGCGGACUGACAGGAUUUCGAGAGAGCUAGUCGCUAGACCUGUCGCAUUGGCGGACUGUCUAAAUAGAGAACGGCGGAAGAAAAUAAUUGAGGGAAGCGCGAGCAGCGAGGACUUCUAUCCCACAACG